GCGCAAACAUGGCGGAGCCCUCCCUCGGGAAUCCGAGCCCAGGAGGUUCUGCAGGUUCUGACGACCAUGACUUCGAUCUGUCAGUCGACAUGCUAGUUCAUGAUUUUGAUGAUGAGCGCACCCUGGAGGAAGAGGAAAUGCUGGAGGCGGCUGAUGAGGCCAAUGCCAAUGAGAUUGAAGAUCUCGCACGGGAAGGAGAGAUGCCAAUCCACGAGCUGCUGAGCCUUUAUGGUUAUGGGAGCAGAUCGCCAGCUGAAGAAGAGGAAGAUGAGGAAGAUGAAGAACCAGAGGAAGAGGAUGAGGAAGAAGAGGAUGAGGAAGAAGACCUUGAUAAUGAUGAAAGCAGUAGAAGCACUGGCGAGCUGAAAAGAAACGAGGGUGAGGAUUUUAAGACUUCAUCAGAACAAGUGGGUGAAGUCAAGAUCGUAGCUGAAGGCAGGACGCGCUCAGUCAGAUCCUUCGGCACGGCAGAACUCAUUCGCCCCCAGAGACUAAAGUACUUUGAAAGUCAUAAUGAUGCUGAAGGGGAGUCGGAUGAAGACGAGGACUAUGUUCCCUCUGAAGACUGGAAAAAGGAGAUCAUGGUGGGCUCCAUGUAUCAGGCGGAGACCCCUGCUGGUUUGUGUAAAUACAAAGACAACGAGAAAGUUUAUGAAAAUGAUGACCAGUUGUUGUGGAACCCCGACUGUGUUGCUGAGGAUAAAGUUGUGGAGUUUCUGACAGAGGCAUCGAGGCGGACUGGAGAGGAAAAGGGAGUGGACGCAAUCCCUGAGGGAUCACACAUCAAAGACAACGAACAGGCGUUGUAUGAACUGGUAAAGUGUGACUUUGACACAGACGAAGCUCUAAGGAGGCUGAGGUUUAAUGUAAAAGCAGCCAAAGAAGAGAUAUCUGUCUGGACUGAAGAGGAAUGUAGAAACUUUGAGCAAGGACUAAAAUCUUAUGGGAAAGAUUUUCAUUUAAUACAGGCCAACAAGGUGAGAACUAGGUCUGUAGGAGAAUGUGUGGCCUUUUAUUACAUGUGGAAGAAGUCUGAGCGUUAUGAUUUCUUUGCACAGCAAACCAGACUUGGAAAACGGAAAUACAACCUUCAUCCUGGUGUCACAGACUACAUGGACAGAUUAUUGGACGAGACGGAGAGUGCCACGUCCAGCAGGGCAGCAUCUCCUCCACCCACCACCUCCAGCAGCAGCACCAGCCACUCAGAGAGGGAGGACAGCAGCAGCCAGAACGGUGUUUCCAGUCACCCCACAGAGGGCUCUCAGUUGCCUCCAGUCAAAGCUGAGGGGGUUCAGUCCAACGGUCCAUCUCAUUGGGUGGAAGCUCCUCCUUCACUUCCAGACAACAACUCCAACGGUUGCAGCCAACUCAGCUCGCCCAGCCACGACAGAAACGGCUCUCUAGAGUCGCUAGACCACAAAAACACAGCAGUGGUGACACCGGACAGGCCUGCCAAGAGGUGCAGGACAGAGGCAGAACCACUGGACCAAAGUGAAGUGGAACCACCUAGAACACAUGAGAACUGAAGGCUCUGCAACGGUCACAGAGAGACACUGACUUAGGGUGACACAUCUCUGCAUACAUGGGUAGUUCAGCAGAGAACGAGGAAGAUGAACUGUGGCUGACCUGAGAGCACCUGCUUGAAGAAGUCCAAAGGUUGCAGAAACUCAUCCUUUGAGGAGUGUAACACCCCCCCCCCCCCCUCCAAACUGUCUACAAAGCUCAUCCCAAAGUACCACAGUACAAUUACAUCUUACGUCUACCCAUCUUCUCACUGGGGGUUUGGAGAGCAUCAACAUUUUGCCAAGAAUUUUCUUUUACUAUUUGUACCUAAAACAAAUGAUCAUUGAUAUUUUUUUAC